AUGGCUCCUAUUCGCAAACCAACUGUUAGAAAAGAGUGUCAAUGCUCUAUCUGUAAAAGCAAGACACUAGGAUUCGAUCGUGUAUCUGUUAAAACAUUUAAACGUCAUCAAGAAAAAGAUAAUCAUGAUAUUACACAUGUUCAAACGCCCCAUGAAGACACAUGCGAUACAAUUAGUAGUGCUGUUUCUGAGCCUGUAAAUCAAGAGGAAGAUAGUUUUGAAUUUGAACAGGAAGAUGUUGAAAUGAAUUCUGAGCUUAGAAAUCUAAAUGACACAAAUGACAUUUUGGAUAUACGGACAAGAAACCAACCUUUCUCUGAAACGGAUUGCGUGUUUGGCCCUGAAGAUAAUGUCCAGUAUACAAGUGACACUUAUGAAGAAAAAUAUGAAGAUGAAUCCGAUGUUGAGAUGGACAAUGAUGAAGAUUCUUCGUUGGAAUCAAUCUCGGAAUUGAAUUUGAUUCACCGAUUCAUUGUUAUUUCGGUUGCUCUUUUUGUCUCGCUAUACGUCGUAGAUGAAGGUGCUGUAAUCCUGAUUGCCAUAAUCAACAAGAUACUGCAGUUUUUGUUUGACCCAUUCCGCCUUCCAGUGAGUGUUGCUGGCCUCAAACGUUUGGCCGGAUUUGAAGCGUUGACAAGUGGUGUCAAGAAGUAUGUUGCAUGUAGCGAAUGCCAUGCCAUAUAUGAUAAUGAAGCCGCCCCUUUGUGUUGUACAUCACCCAAUUUUAUUGCACAUGGUGUUCGUUGGUCCGAACUGCAUCGUCUUCAGUACUUUGACAUUGUCCGCUGCACAAUCAUCGAUCCCAUGCACAAUCUUUUCUUAGGCACUGCCAAAAGAAUGCUGGAGAGAUGGGUUGCGGAUGGAUUAAUCGAUGAUAAAAAACUCGUUGCCAUGCAAAAGGCUGUUGAGAAGGUAGUGCUGCCGCCCGAUUACACGUCACUUGGGACAAAGAUUGCCAAGGGAUUUCCCUAUAUGAAGGCUGAUGAGUGGAAGUCUUGGUGCCUUGUGUACUCUCCUGUGGUUCUAAGGGAUGUGUUGCCGUUGCCAGAGUUCAAGAACUGGAUAGAGUUUGUUAACGCAUGCAGAUACUUCACCAAGCCUAGUGUUUCUGAAGAAGACAUUGAGAAAGGACACAAAUGCUUAGAAGAAUUCUGUAAAGGGUGUGAGACAUUGUACGACCUGGACCUUCUCUCUCCCAACAUGCACCUGCAUCUGCACUUACGCCAAACAAUGAUUGACUUUGGGCCCGUCUAUGGCUAUUGGCUUUUCAGCUUUGAAAGGUACAAUAGUGUCCUGAAAAAUAUCAAGACCAAUCGAAGAAACGGGUUCGAAUCGACAUUUAUGAGACAGUUUAUUGAAGAGUCGUGGAAGGGAGAUUUUGUGCGUCGACUUCUGAAACCUAUGCAUGCACUUGCAUGUUUUGAAAUUUUUGAUAAGUUCACCACCAACAACAACAACACCAACACCAACACCAACACUAACACCAACACCAACACCAACACCUACCUCUCUCACUCUUUCUCAAUUUCCGAAUAUCUUGAAGCUUCACAGAAUCUUUCAAUGAUAAUUUGUGGAAACGAGCCCCUGCCACCAUCCGCCUUGCCAUUGAAAACAAGACCAUUAUCAUUUAUGCCAAAACAUGAAUAUGAUUGUCUUGUAGGAUACUAUCAAGCUGCGUACAAGAAUCCACAGAUCUCAGGUUGCAAAGAUGUAAUUGAUGACUCACCUUUCGUCAAUGACUGGAUCGAAAUGGUGAAGUCCGUUGAUCUUCUUGGGCAAAGCUACAAAGGGUGCAUUGGCACGAAUGGCCGCGGAUCAUACAUACAAGCAUAUUUCACUGAACGAACUGGGUUGGAACAUGCGUAUGUUGGAGAGAUUCAGUACCUUUUUGUUCACAAUUUUAGGCCAACUGUUUCUUCUCUAACAUACAGAAAUCCCCAUAGUAGUCAGCAUGUAUUUGCAUUUGUCAAAUGGUUCAAAUCCACUUCGGACAAAACAAGAGAAUUAGAAGGAGUUGAGUUGUUACAGGAUGAAUUCUACAAGCAAGAUUUUCAAAGCAUCCUGCCAGUACAUCGGAUUCUCCUAACAGUUGCAAUAGUAGAUUACAAAACUACAAAAAAUGUCAACAAAAAACUCGCGAUUCCUUUACCAAAAAAAAUUUACUAUUAA